CGGGCCACAAACGCAACUUAAUCAUUACGCAGCAACAAGGAAGCGAGAGACGCACAGCAAGGAAGAGAGAAGCGACUCUAGGAGGUUGUUGUUCUCUCCGCAUCAAGUUCAUCUGAACCCAGUCACCCACAGCUUCAACAGAAUGAUGCUGCAGCACUCGGGUCCCUCGCUGGCUGACAUCAGCUGCUCGGCCAUGGUGCCCUGCCUGUCGCCGCCGGGCACGCUCACCCUGGACGACUUCACCAACUUCACGCCGCUGGUGAAAGAGGAGCUGCGGCUGGCCAUCCAGUCCAAGCGCCAGUCCAACGGGCUCAGCGCAGACAUUAGCUCGGACGGCGCCAGCUCCAGCUCGGACCGAGCCUCGGAGCGCCACGCCUGCGGGUCUGGAGUCAGGAGAGAGAUCACACCUCAGGAGCACGAGAGGAGGAAGAGACGGAGAGAGAGGAACAAGAUCGCUGCCGCCAAAUGCCGCAACAAGAAGAAGGAGAAGACUGAGACUCUGCAGCAGGAGUCUGAGAAACUGGAGACAGUCAACGCCGACCUGAAGGCUCAGAUCGAGGAGCUGAAGCAGCAGAAGCAGCAGCUGGUCUACAUGCUCAACCUGCACCGGCCGACCUGCAUCGUCCGAGCCCAAAACGGCCAAACGCCCGAGGACGAGAGGAACCUCUUCAUCCAGCACAUCAAGGAGAGCGCCUUCCAACUGCACGACCUCACCACCUCCAUCACAUCCGCCUCCUUGUCUCCCUCCGUCACCACGUUAGCACCUCUGGACGGAGGGCAUCUAUCCCUUGACCACAUUCACUGUCCCGGUUCCCUAUGAGCACCGGUGUGUCUCUGCUACUUUUCAAA